UGGAGUUUUCUCUCGAUGGUUGCUAAAAGUUCCCGAGAUUCUUCUUCCUCCACAUACCGGUGUUCCUAUCAUGCCUUCUUGAGUUUCAGAGGGCAGGACACGCGCAAGGGCUUUACUGAUCACCUCUGUAGAGCCUUGGAGCUAGCAGGAAUCCACACGUUUAGAGACGAUGAUGAAAUCAAGAGAGGGGAGAAUAUUGAGUCGGAGUUAGAGAAGGCGAUACAGGAGUCACAAGUAUCGAUAAUUGUCUUCUCCAAGGACUACGCUUCCUCAAGGUGGUGUUUGAACGAACUUCUGAAGAUCGUGGAACGUAGAAAUACUGAUCGUAGACAUGUGGUUCUGCCAGUGUUCUAUGAUGUGGAUCCAUCCGAUGUCAGGAAGCAGAGUGGUUCUUUUGUUGAAGCAUUUGCCAGACAUGAGGAGCGAUUCAGUACGGAGGAGAUGGACAAGGUGGAGCUGUGGAGAAGAGCUCUUAGAGAUGUUGCAUCUUUGGGAGGAAUGGUUUUAGGAGAUCGGUAUGAGGGGCAGUUCAUCCAAGAUAUCGUUGGAGAGAUUAGAAAUAGAGUGGAUCACGCAGCUUUAGACGUUGCUCCCUUUGCAGUUGGAAUGGAUAAUCGUGUGAGACGCCUAAACAUGUGGUUACAAGAUGGAUCAAAUGAUGUUGGUUUAGCUGUCAUCUGUGGGAUGGGUGGAAUUGGCAAGAGCACCAUCGCGAAAGCCGCUUAUAACCGCAACUAUGAUAGAUUUCAGGGUGGCAGCUUUCUUGCAGAUAUACGAGAAUCUUCAGAACAACCCAAUGGUUUUGCUCUCUUGCAAAGAAAACUUCUUUCAGAUAUCCAAAAGGGGAAAGCAAAGAAAGUAUACAAUAUGGAUGAAGGAACAAUCAUGAUCAAACAAGCCGUAGGUUAUAAAAAGGUUCUUAUUGUUCUUGAUGAUGUGAGCAACCGGGAUCAACUCAAUGCAAUUCUUGGAAUGCGAGAGUGGCUUCAUCCAGGAAGUAAAAUUAUCGUAACAACUCGACAUGAACAUUUGUUAAAUGCUCAUGAUGUUUUUGAAAAGUUUAUGGUUCGAGAACUGAAUGAGUAUGAAUCACUUGAGCUUUUCAGUUGGCAUGCCUUCAGACAAUCCCAUCCAGAAGAAGGUUACAAGGAGCUUUCAAGACAUGUGGUGCAGCACUGUGGAGGACUUCCAUUAGCUCUUCAAGUUCUGGGAUCUUCUCUAUCUGGAAAAAGUGUAGAAGUAUGGCAAAGUGCAUUGCAGAAGUUAGACGUGAUCCCUAAUGACAAAAUUCAAAAAGUUCUGAGGAUAAGUUUUGAUUCUUUACAAGAUGAUCAUGACAAAAAUUUAUUCCUUCAUAUAGCCAGUUUCUUCACAGGAAAGACGAUGGAUUAUACAAUUACAAUACUGGACAACUUAGAGUUUUGCACAAGGAUUGGGAUUGAAAAUCUAGUUGAUAGAUGUCUACUGAAAAUGGAAUGGGGGUGGAACAGGUUGGUCAUGCAUCAAUCGGUGAGAAACAUGGCAAUGGCAAUUAUUCGCGAAGAAUCACCUCAUGACCCUGGAAAACGUAGUAGAGUGUUGCAGAAAGAUGCCUCUAAUAUUUUGAGAAAAUUAAGUGGUACGGAAAAUAUUAAGGGCCUCAUGCUCAACCUUGCUAGCAAAACAACGUUUGUUGGAAGUGAUGAAAAACGAUGCCAUGUUGAAGAUUAUGAUGGAAAUUGUUCAAGACGACGUCGGCUUGGUUUCUUCUCUUGGAAGCCAAUUAGCUUUUCCUCCACAAACUCAGCUUCUGCAUCAAAUGAGAUAGAUUUCAAAUCUGAGGCGUUUAGAAGGAUGAACAAUCUUGAAAUUCUCAUUCUCAACAACGUCAACAUCAGGGGAAGCUACGAAGAAUUUUCAAAAAAUUUAGUAUGUUUAUCUUGGCGAGGAUUCCAGUUAAAAUCAAUACCAGAAAAUUUUUGUUUGGAAAACCUGGUUGUUCUUGACAUGCGAAAUAGUAGCCUACAACAUGUUUGGAAUGGGACCAGGGUUAUUCCGAGGCUGAAGAUUCUUAAUUUCAGUCAUUCGCAUGGCCUUAGGACAAUCCCCGACUUCUCAGGACUCUAUAACCUUGAGAGGUUGAUUCUUAAACAUUGCAUAAAUUUGGUUGAGGUUCAUGAGUCCAUCGGACACCUAGAAAAACUUGUUGUUUUGAAUCUAAAAGGCUGCAAAAAUCUCAUGAAGCUUCCAAUAUUGAGAUCUAUUCAGGAUCUUAUUCUUUCUGGUUGCUCAAAGCUUGAAAUGAAGAAACUCAAUCUGGUAUCAGCUAAAUCAUGGUAUUCAGUCUGGUCAUGGGUGUCGCCAAGAAAAAAUACUGAAUUAAGCAGUUUCUCAUUGGCAAGUUUACCACGUUCUUUGACAAGUUUAAGUCUGGAUUGCUGCAAUAUAUCAGAGAUUCCAAGUGCCCUAACUAUGCUGUCCUCGUUAGAGUACUUGAAUCUGUAUGGUAAUCCGAUUACAAGCCUACCAGAAAGCAUGAACAAUCUUGUUAAGCUCCGGACUCUUAAUGUAUCUGGUUGCAGAAACCUCACAACACUUGCAGAGCUCCCACGUUCUUUGACAAGUUUAAGGCUGGCUUGCUGCAAUAUAUCAGAGAUUCCAAGUGCCCUAACUAUGCUGUCCUCGUUAGAGUACUUGUCUCUGCAUAAGAAUCCGAUUACAAGCCUACCAGAAAGCAUGAACAAUCUUGUUAAGCUCCAGACUCUUGAAGUAUCUGGUUGCAGAAACCUUUCAAUGCUUCCAGAGCUCCCACGUAGUGUGACACAAUUGUAUGGUCUAGGUUGCACAUCAUUGAAAAGAAUAACAAAUUCACCAAGGUCACCGGACUUAGAUUACGGGUCUUCUAGCAUAGUAGUGGACCCAAGGCUAUGGUAUUGUGGGAAACUUGUUGAUUUUGGAACCUUGUUGGAUACACUAGCAUUGGACUCAUAUCUCUCAUAUCUAUUCGAUUUGGAACCCAAAGGUGGCAUUGAGGUCCAAGGGAACUGUUGUGAGAGUUUAGGCGUCCAGGGAACUUUUAGCUGCUGCAUAUUGAGCAUAUUUGUUCAUGGGAGCAAGAUUCCAGAGGGGUUCAAUUACAGGAGCAUGGGUAACACUGUGUUCUCUAUGAUUGUUCCUUCACAUCUUAAUCUCAAGAUCGUAGGUUUAAACGCAUGUGUAGUAUAUGCACGGCAGUCGAAUCGGAGCCUUGAGGUUCCACGUGGCCAUGAUCACCAUUCGCUUGAACUUAGGAAUGAGACAAAGGGCCUUAAGUGGAAAUGGCGUGUGUGGCGUAAGGUUGGAUGGAAAUUGAUGAAUGAAGAUAUGUUAUGGCUUAGCCGUUGGAUCAUGGGGAACAAUGAAUUGGAAUGCGGGGAAGAAGUGUGUUUUGAAAUAAUCGACGAGCAAGACGGUUUCCUCACAAAGGAGAUUGGAGUCCAGUUUGUGUACGAGCAGCGAAAUAAGGAUAAGGAGGAUGUCCCAUCAAGUAGUGAAGAUGCAACCACAAGAACCCGUGUUCCGGGGGGUGUGGAGACGGGGGUUCAAUGCAUCCAUAGCUGCGACAAGAAAGUAAUUUCAACUGUCAUGUGCGCGGCUGAAUACUAUUUCUGUAACAGUGGCAGGAUAGAUCUUCCGAGAGGCUCUACUGCAGUGGGUUGUCGGCUUUCGGACUUUUAGCCAAAAUUGUCGCCUUUUUAGCCAAAAUAACCCAGUUUAAUUGAUGUUGGUGAUGCCCAAAUCACUAGAUUCAGAUGUGCAUUGGUUGUUAAGCUUUCGUUUCUAUCUAUUUUCUGUUUCCUCCUAAAAAAUUGUUUUCAAGAAUUUAAUAAAAUUCCAUACCAAACAAGUUCUUGCCUA